UACGUUUCGACCUUGUUCAGCCGAAAAACGGGUCUUUGUUCGACCUUUUGUCGCCAUGGUCUCUGUGGGCCUCAGCCUCACUCCAUCCAAUCUGCCUGAGAAGGCUUUGGCCUUCACCAACAAAUGCUAUGUCUCGCAGCUGGACCUGCUGCAGAUUUGCCCUUCCAAAGAAAGCUCUCCCGGGGCUGGUGGGACUGGCUAUUACAUCGAGGCAAAAGGUUGCAUCUUCAGCGUCGAAGCUCACCGCGCGAUGGAGCCCGGGACCAUUGCCUUCAACAAGGUCCAACGAGAAUUUGCUCGAAUUGGACUGAACCAGGAGGUUUUUGUCAAGCAAUUCCCUCUUCCCAAGGGCUUUGACCUGGGCAUGUGCAAAUUGGAAGUGGACUUCUUCCUGAAGCCAGCUGCCGACACCCCGAAGCUUGAAGUGAAGGAUGAAGAGCUCGAGCAGAUCAUGCGAGCGAAGUUUCAGUUUCAGGUCGUAACGGUCGGCCAGAGCAUCGCCGUCGAUUACAACGGCACCCUGCUGAAGUUCGACGUGCGCAGUUGUAUGCCCCCAGAUCUCGGUGUGGAAGGACAAAGCCAGCCCAAGGUGAACUCAGGACUCUUCGCUGCGCUCACAGAGUUGGACUUCCAGCAAGGUCCAUCGGGAAAGCUUCAUGUCUUGAGCAACAAGAUCCAGCAAAGGAGUAUCUUUAGGCCGGACUUCAACUUCGAGGAUUUAGGCAUUGGUGGCUUGAGCAAGCAGUUUGGCGACAUCUUUCGCCGUGCCUUUGCCGCCCGCGUCUUUCCUCCACACAUGAUCCGGGACCUGGGCAUUGGCCAUGUGAGAGGCAUGUUGCUCUUUGGCCCGCCGGGCACGGGGAAGACCUUGAUCGCCCGGAAGUUGGCGAAGUUCUUGAAGGCCGUGGAGCCAAAGGUCGUGAAUGGUCCUGAGGUGUUGAACAAAUAUGUGGGACAAGCAGAGGAAAACAUUCGAAAUUUGUUUGCCGAUGCGGAGAAGGAUGAGAAGACUUUGGGAGAGAACUCCCCACUCCACGUGGUGAUUUUUGAUGAAAUCGACUCCAUCUGCAAGUCCCGGGGGUCCACGCGCGAUGGCACCGGGGUUCAUGAUAGUAUCGUCAACCAAUUGCUGUCGAAGAUCGACGGCGUGGAUUCCUUGAACAACAUCCUACUGAUCGGUAUGACCAAUCGAAAGGACUUGAUCGAUGAAGCUCUCUUGCGCCCAGGCCGCUUGGAGAUUCAUGUGGAGAUUAGCCUUCCGGACGAGCAUGGGCGAGUGGAGAUCCUGAACAUUCACACCAAGGGCAUGAGGGAGAAAGGCUACCUGGAACCCGACGUGUCGAUUCCCGCCAUCGCGGCCAAGACCAAGAACUUCUCGGGCGCGGAGCUGGAAGGACUACUGAGGUCCGCCACCUCCUUUGCCAUGAACAGGAAGGUUAGUUUCACGGACUUGAGCAUCAAGGAGGGUGACUUUCGUAUCGGCAACGCUGAUUUUGAGAUGGCCCUCUCAGAAGUGAAACCAGCCUUCGGUCAACACACGGACGAUUUUGAGAAGUGCAUUCCCUUUGGCAUCCAGGCCUUUUCUCAAGAGAUUACUUACACCAUGGAUUCGUGCAAGAGCAUCAUAGAACAGGUGCGAAGCUCUACUCAUACGCCAUUGAUGAGCGUGCUAGUGCAUGGGCCCAAAGGUUGUGGCAAGACCGCCCUUUCAGCACACCUGGCACAAGGAUCGGACUAUCCCUUUGUGAGGAGAGUGUGUAGCGACAAGUUCGUUGGCUAUUCAGAACAGGCCAAGAUCGCUGCCAUCGCCAAUGUUUUUGAGGACGCCUACAAGAGUGAUUUGUCUUGUAUAGUCCUGGAUGAUAUCGAAAGGCUGAUCGACUAUGUGAGAGUUGGCCCUCGUUUCUCCACACCUGUGCUGGGAGCCCUGUUCGCCCUUUUGAAGAGACCACCUCCAAAGGAGAAUUCUCGGCUCUUAGUCAUUGGGACUGCCACGGAUGCCAGUUUUUUGGAAGAAGUUGAGCUUCUCUCAGCCUUCAAUGUCACCUUGCCGCUCCCAGAGUUGUCACAACCAGCCCACUACAAAGCGGUCUUGGACCCUUUGCCUGGCUUCACCGCUCCGGCGGUGCAGGAGAUCAGUGCCGGGCUUGCAGGACAGCGAGUGGGCAUCAAGACCUUGUUGCUGGUGGCCGAGAUGGCUGUGCAGCGGGAAAACCCUGUACAGAUUGGAGUUUUCAAAGAAUGCUUGCAGCAAUGCGGCCUUGGACUUUAGAGACGAGACCUUGAGCCGGAGCCGAAGUCUCGAGCCGGAGCCGGAGCCGGAGCUCGAGACGAGCGAGACGGGCUCCGCGCGGUCCGUACCUUCUGGGCGGUUUGGAGACAUGGGUGCAGGCCUUGGAGGUGCGC